AAUUCGAAUCUUGAAGAAGACCCAUGUUUUCUCGCCCCCUCUCUCUUCACCCUAACUUGCUGGGACAAUGUAAUUAAGAUGUUCCUAUAUUGAAAUACUAUCGAACAAUAUAAUGUUGAAAGGGUGCAUCCUCACAUUAAAAUAAGUUCCUCCUUCUCAAGUUGCACACAGGAAUCUGCACUCGAUCUUCAUCAUGAGCAUGAUAUCUAUAUGAUCCAUUUUCUUUUAUUACUGUGGAAUUGUCAUUCUGUUCUGAUCAUUUCUUUUUGUCACCAAAAGUAGUAUAAACCAUUACCAUGACUGGAAAGCUAGCUGAAUUUAUGUGGCCUGCAUUAGUGGCUAAUAAGAUUCUCAACAAGCGACUGGGAAGCAGCAAUUUCGUAGCAGAUUAUCCAAGUAAUACAGAACCCUUAUUGGGUCAUGAUCAGUCAUCUCUGAGCUCCAAAACAAUUCUUAAUGAUCACAAGGAUACACAAAAAUACAAGAUUUUUGUCAGCACAUGGAACGUAGGUGGGAUUUUCCCAGAUGAAGGACUGAAUAUGGAGGAUUUGUUGGAGACAUGCAACAAUUCCUGUGACAUCUAUCUACUUGGGUUUCAAGAAAUUGUACCUCUAAAAGCAUCCAAUGUAUUGGGGUAUGAAAACAAUAAGAUAUCUACAAAGUGGAAUUCCAUAAUCAGAAAAGCUCUGAACAAGAGCACACAUCACAGUUUCAAAGAUCAAUUAGGUGAUGAUAAGAGGGAGGAUGUGAAGAAGAAUAUUUGUUGCAAUAAUAAGGAAGGUGAAAAUAAUAAUCAUCCAGGUCAGCUGUGUGAAUCCCCCCAAGAUUUCGAAUGUAUCAUUAGCAAGCAAAUGGUUGGUAUAUUGAUAUCAGUAUGGGCUAAGAGAGACCUUCGUCCAUUCAUUCAACAUCCAAGUGUCUCAUGUGUCGGAUGUGGCAUCAUGGGCUGCUUAGGGAACAAGGGUUCUGUAUCUGUGAGAUUUGUGUUACAUGAAACAAGCUUUUGCUUUGUGUGUGCUCACCUAGCUUCUGGAGGGAGAGGGGGGGAUGAGAAGCUUAGGAACUCUAAUGUUGCUGAAAUAUUUUCAAGGACAAGCUUUCCUAGAGGCCCUAUGCUUGAUUUGCCAAGAAAGAUUCUUGAUCAUGAGUUCCUUUUCCAACAAAUCAUGAAAACAAGACACGUAAUAUUGCUUGGAGAUUUAAAUUACAGAAUUUCUCUACCGGAAGAAACAACACGCUUACUUGUUGAAAAUGAAGACUGGGAUUACCUACUAGAAUAUGAUCAGCUAACAAUGGAGCUAAUGAGGGGAAACAUGUUAAAAGAAUGGCAUGAAGGAGCAAUCACAUUUGCUCCAACCUACAAGUAUUGUCCAAAUUCAGACAUGUACUAUGGAUGUUGUUAUCAAGGCAAAAAGGCAGGGAAGAAGCGAGCACCAGCAUGGUGUGACAGAAUUAUAUGGUUUGGCGAUGGUCUAAAGCAAAUGCAGUAUGCUAGAUGUGAAUCAAGACUAUCGGAUCACAGGCCCGUCAAUGCAUUGUUUAUAGCACAAGUCAGGGUUUCAGCAACACUGAAAAGCUUUCAAAGUCUGUUUUUGUCGGAGAGAUUUGAACAAAUUAAAACUCACUUUGGAUUUCCCCACAAUGACGAGUUUGUAUGUAAAAAGCAACUAAGUUUCCGGUUGUGAAUCAUUAAUUAAUUAGUACUGUUCUUAUAUAUCUGCAUACUAGUUUGAGUCAAAGAAGAAAUUAAGGAAAUUAAGAGGUGAUCAAAGAUUAUUAAUUAGCUCUUUUGCUGAUGAGAGACACAGUGAAGUUAGUUGUUUAUUAUCUAGCUAACUAGUUUUUAAAUAAUUGUCCAAUAGAAGGUGCAAAUAUGUCAUUGAACAUUAAUUCCGUAUAUUUUCUUAUUUUGGAAGCUUUAUUGAUCUCAUUAA